GUUCUAUCCACACAUUAUAUAUACUUUUCAGUGAGGGGUUUUUCCCUACGUGUGUUCUUUACUUCAUACACACGUAUAUUUUUUGUUGUCAUUUUCAAGUGUUGUUCCGAUCGAAUGCGUUUUGUGUGUGUUUCAUUUGAUACGAAGUACAAGAAGUGGCAGCUCUUAUUUCUCUCAACUGAAACUAAAAAGAAGGAGAAAAAAAAAAGUAAACAAAAUAAUUAACCAUCGAAAUUAAAACAAAAUUAACGAUUAUAAUGAUAUUUUAGUUCCAUUGUGAAACCCACUUUUUUCGAGAGUGUGUGUGUGUGUGUGUUUGUGCUGGUGAUGUGUGUUUAGUUGAAAGAGAAAUUUGAAUAGCGAACAAUCAGUGGUACCGAAAAAAAAAAUUCAUCAAACAGCGACGCUCAUUGUGUAUCGAAUACUAAUUAAAAGUCAAGCAAAGAAAUAACAGCAAAAAAAAAGAAAAAAAAGAAAAAAAGAAAAAAAAGAAAAAAAGAAAAAAAAAUGAAAUUCGGAAAUAAGAUCACCAAGGCAGUGAAAUUCAAUUGAAUGUAAAUAUAUCUAGUGUGCUGCCGAGUAGUGUGUAUUCUUUGUGUGUGUUGUGUUGCUGUGUGUGAAUUCUUUCACGAAGAACUUCGGUCAUCGCCAGUGGAAUAGCGAUCGCUUGAUGACACCAACCACUUUAUGACACAGCAGGAAUGCUCGUUAGACGCGUGGAAAUUGUAGCUUAAGCGGAAUUUUUCUAACGACCCAAUUAAAAUUCGAGGAUCACACAGCUUUUUCUUUGUGUAUCACUUUGACACUGGUUGUGAGAGGAAGUGUGUGGAGUACAUUUUUGGGCGACGAAAACGUGUCAAUGAAGUUGCAAAAUGGUCAUUGUAACACGAGGUGACUACAUCUGGAUUGAACCAGCCACUGGCAGAGAAUUCGAUGUAGCGAUUGGAGCUCGUGUCACAUCAGCCGAAGGCCGUCGAAUUCAGGUGCAAGACGACGAAGGCGAAGAACAAUGGCUCUCUCCCGAGCGACGCAUCAAGGCGAUGCAUGCAUCGUCUGUGUCCGGCGUCGAAGAUAUGAUUUCACUUGGAGAUCUACAUGAAGCCGGCAUCCUACGAAAUCUACUCAUUCGCUACAAUGAUAACCUAAUUUAUACCUACACCGGCAGCAUCUUAGUUGCUGUGAAUCCGUAUCAAAUUCUGCCCAUUUACACGGCCGACCAAAUCAAAUUGUAUAAAGAACGCAAAAUUGGCGAGCUGCCACCGCACAUUUUCGCCAUCGGUGACAAUGCAUACUCGAACAUGAAGCGAUACCGUCAAGACCAGUGCAUUGUCAUUUCGGGUGAAUCGGGCGCCGGCAAAACGGAAAGCACAAAAUUGAUUUUACAAUACUUGGCUGCCAUCAGCGGUAAACAUUCAUGGAUUGAACAGCAAAUUUUAGAAGCGAAUCCAAUUCUUGAAGCAUUUGGCAAUGCCAAAACCAUUCGGAAUGAUAAUUCGUCUAGAUUCGGCAAAUACAUUGACAUCCAUUUCAAUGGUCACGGUGUGAUUGAAGGUGCUAAAAUCGAACAGUAUUUAUUAGAAAAAUCACGAAUUGUAUCACAAAAUCGACAUGAGCGAAACUAUCACGUGUUUUAUUGUUUGCUCGCUGGUUUAUCGAAUGAAGAAAAGCGCAAAUUGGAUCUUGGCAACGCGUCAGACUACAAAUAUUUAACCGGUGGUGAUAGUAUUUCAUGCGAAGGUCGUGACGAUGCUGCUGAAUUUGCGGAUAUUCGAUCAGCGAUGAAAGUGCUGCUGUUUUCCGACGCAGAAAUUUGGGAAAUUCUAAAAUUGUUAGCUGCUUUACUUCAUUGCGGUAACAUCAAAUACAAAGCAACAGUCGUAGAUAAUUUAGACGCUACCGAAAUUCCCGAGCACCUCAAUGUUGAACGGGUAGCAUCGCUGCUCGGUGUUCCAGUGCAGCAAUUGAUCGAUGCAUUGACACGUAAAACUCUCUUUGCGCAUGGUGAAACCGUUGUGUCGACAUUGUCUCGCGAUCAGUCGGUGGAUGUUCGCGAUGCGUUCGUCAAAGGAAUCUACGGUCGUAUGUUUGUUUUAAUCGUUAGAAAAAUCAAUAGUGCAAUUUUCAAGCCACGAUCAACAUCACGGAAUGCAAUCGGUGUUUUGGACAUUUUCGGUUUCGAAAACUUUGACAACAAUAGCUUUGAACAGUUUUGCAUAAAUUAUGCGAAUGAAAAUUUACAGCAAUUUUUCGUGCAGCACAUUUUCAAACUGGAACAAGAGGAGUACAAUCACGAGGCAAUCAAUUGGCAACACAUCGAAUUCGUGGACAAUCAAGAUGCAUUGGAUUUGAUUGCGAUCAAACAGUUGAAUAUCAUGGCUUUAAUCGAUGAAGAAGCCAAAUUCCCAAAGGGAACCGACCACACUAUGCUGGCCAAAUUGCACAAAACCCAUGGAGUGCACAAAAAUUACUUGAAACCGAAGUCAGACAUCAAUACAAGCUUUGGACUGAAUCACUUUGCUGGCGUUGUAUUCUAUGAUACACGUGGAUUUUUGGAGAAAAAUCGCGAUUCAUUCAGCGCCGAUUUGUUGCAAUUGAUAAAUGUUUCACAUAAUAAAUUCCUUCGAGCCGUUUUUGCUGAAGACAUCGAAAUGGGAGCGGAAACACGCAAGAGAACACCAACCCUUUCGACACAGUUCAAGAAGAGUCUUGAUGCACUGAUGAAAACGUUGAGCAAUUGCCAGCCAUUUUUCAUUCGAUGCAUCAAACCGAAUGAGUUUAAAAAGCCAAUGAUGUUUGAUCGAACGUUGUCGUGCCGUCAGUUGCGUUAUUCCGGCAUGAUGGAAACCAUUCGAAUCCGUCGUGCUGGCUAUCCCAUUCGCCAUGGCUUCAGAGAAUUCGUUGAACGAUAUCGAUUCUUGAUCAAUGGAGUGCCACCAGCCCAUCGAACCGAUUGUCGAUUGGCAACCGCCCGCAUUUGUGCGGCAGUUUUGGGUAAAACUGACUAUCAACUCGGUCACACAAAAGUAUUUUUGAAAGAUGCUCACGAUUUAUUCUUGGAACAAGAACGUGAUCGAGUUUUGACACGAAAGAUUUUAAUCUUACAACGAUCAAUCCGAGGAUGGGUGUAUCGAAGACGAUUCUUACGAAUGAAAGCGGCUGCGAUUACCAUUCAAAAGCACUGGAAGGGCUAUGCGCAGCGAAAGCGUUACAAGAAAAUGCGUGUGGGUUACAUGAGGUUGCAGGCGUUGAUACGGUCGCGUGUGCUGUCACAUCGAUUCCGUCAUUUGCGUGGCAACAUUUGUCGGUUGCAAGCACACGCCCGUGGCUAUUUGGUGCGCAGAGAAUAUGGCCAAAAAAUGUGGGCAAUUAUAAAAAUUCAGUCGCACGUACGCAAAAUGAUUGCCAUGCGAAAGUAUCAUAAAUUGCGUGAAGAUUAUCGCAAAUACAACGAAGCGUUGCGCAUUCGUCGAAUGGAAGAGCAAGAGUUGCGACACCAAGGCAAUAAGCAUGCGAAGGAAAUUGCCGAGAAACAUUAUCGAGAGCGUUUAAAUGAGCUGGAGCGCCGAGAUUUCGAACAGGAAAUGGAGCAAAGACGAAAGGUUGAGGUGAAGAAAACGUUGAUUAGCGAUGCGGCUCGAAAGCAAGACGAACCAGUGGAUGAUAGUAAAUUAGUUGAGGCAAUGUUCGAUUUCCUGCCGGAUUCAAGCAGUGAAACGCCAACACCGCAUGGUGGCCGAGAAACAAGUGUGUUUAACGAUCUACCGGUUAAUGCGGAUAAAAAUGAAGAUGUCACACCUGUUCAAAUGGUGUCCGAAGAUGAAGAAGAUUUGUCCGAGUUUAAAUUUCAAAAAUUCGCUGCCACAUACUUCCAAGGCAAUGUCACACAUCAAUAUUCACGUAAACCAUUAAAACAUCCACUGUUGCCGCUUCACACACAAGGCGAUCAACUCGCUGCACAAGCACUUUGGGUUACAAUCUUACGAUUCACCGGCGAUUUGCCCGAACCACGCUAUCAAACAAUGGAUCGAGACAAUACAUCGGUUAUGUCAAAAGUGACAGCAACAUUGGGCCGGAAUUUUAUUCGCAGCAAAGAAUUUCAAGAAGCUCAAAUGAUGGGACUCGAUCCAGAAUCGUUUAUCAAACAAAAGCCACGAUCAAUUCGACACAAAUUAGUUUCGUUGACGCUGAAACGAAAGAACAAACUGGGCGAAGAUGUUCGACGACGUUUGCAAGAUGAAGAAUACACUGCGGACAGUUACCAAUCUUGGUUGGAAUCACGACCCACAUCCAAUCUGGAGAAAUUACAUUUUAUCAUCGGUCAUGGAAUUCUACGUGCCGAACUCAGAGACGAGAUCUACUGUCAAAUCUGCAAACAACUCACGAACAACCCAUCGAAAUCAUCACACGCCCGUGGAUGGAUCUUGCUUUCACUUUGUGUUGGCUGCUUUGCACCGUCAGAGAAAUUUGUCAAUUAUAUAAGAGCUUUUAUUCGAGAAGGGCCACCGGGCUAUGCUCCAUACUGUGAAGAACGUUUGAAACGCACCUUCAACAAUGGUACACGAAAUCAACCACCGUCUUGGUUGGAAUUGCAAGCCACCAAAUCGAAGAAACCAAUCAUGUUGCCCAUCACAUUUAUGGAUGGUAAUACAAAAACACUGCUGGCCGACUCGGCUACGACUGCUCGGGAAUUAUGCAAUCAAUUGUCGGAUAAAAUUGCGCUGAAAGAUCAAUUCGGAUUUUCCUUGUACAUUGCACUCUUUGAUAAAGUUUCGUCAUUAGGAAGUGGUGGUGAUCAUGUAAUGGAUGCAAUUUCUCAGUGCGAACAGUAUGCAAAAGAGCAGGGAGCCCAAGAGCGUAACGCACCGUGGCGUCUAUUCUUCCGCAAAGAGAUAUUUGCUCCUUGGCAUGAGCCAACUGAGGAUCAAGUUGCAACGAAUUUAAUCUAUCAACAAGUGGUUCGUGGUGUGAAAUUCGGUGAAUAUCGUUGUGACAAAGAGGAAGAUUUGGCUAUGAUCGCCGCUCAACAAUACUUUAUCGAAUACGGAACGGAUAUGUCAAUGGAACGUCUAUUUACAUUACUACCAAAUUUCAUACCUGACUAUUGUCUCACCGGCAUCGAAAAAGCAAUUGAUCGUUGGGCAGCGCUCGUUUUGCAAGCCUACAAGAAGAGCUAUUAUCUCAAAGAUAAAAUUCCAGCGUUGAAAGUUAAAGAGGAUAUCGUCAGUUAUGCAAAAUAUAAGUGGCCAUUGUUGUUUUCACGUUUUUAUGAAGCAUACAGAAAUUCUGGACCAAAUCUACCGAAGAAUGAUGUGAUCAUUGCAGUAAAUUGGACCGGUGUUUACGUGGUUGAUGAUCAAGAGCAAGUUCUAUUGGAAUUGUCAUUCCCUGAGAUCACAUCCGUUUCCAGUCAAAAAACAAACAAAGUUUUCACACAAACAUUUAGUCUGUCGACCGUUCGCGCCGAAGAAUUCACAUUUCAAAGCCCAAAUGCUGAAGAUAUACGAGAUUUGGUCGUUUACUUCUUGGAAGGUCUCAAGAAAAGAUCACGUUUUGUCAUCGCUUUGCAAGAUUAUAAGGCACCUGGCGAAGGAACAAGCUUCUUGUCAUUUAUCAAAGGCGACUUGAUUCUUUUAGAAGAAGAUAAUACGGGCGAAACUGUAUUGAAUAAUGGAUGGUGCAUUGGUCGUUGUGAACGAACCGAAGACCGUGGUGAUUUCCCUGCCGAAACGGUGUACGUUCUUCCAACUCUGACAAAACCACCGCAAGACAUAUUGGCUUUGUUCAGCAUAGAAGAGGCGCACCAUGGCCGUCGACUGAAUGCCGUAUCAAAUGGUGGCACUGAAACACGUGAACGGCCACAUACGCUGCAAGACUAUGCACUGGAUCACUUUAGACCGCCACCAAAACGGACAAUGUCCAAAGCGUUGACGCUCAGCUCAAAACGGCACAGCGACGAACUGUGGAGAUAUUCGAGAGAACCGUUGAAGCAACCGUUGUUAAAAAAACUACAGGCCAAAGAAGAAUUAGCCGAAGAGGCGUGUUUUGCAUUUGCAGCCAUUCUAAAGUACAUGGGUGAUUUGCCGUCAAAACGACCGCGCAUCGGAAACGAAAUUACCGAUCACAUUUUCGAUGCACCGCUCAAACACGAAAUCUUACGCGAUGAAAUUUACUGUCAGCUAAUGAAGCAAUUGACGGAGAAUCGCAAUCGAAUUUCCGAAGAACGUGGAUGGGAAUUGAUGUGGUUGGCAACGGGCCUCUUUGCGUGCAGUCAAAAUUUAUUGAAGGAACUAUUUUUGUUUUUACGUAGUCGUCGUCAUCCAAUUUCACAGGAUUCAUUGCAUCGUCUGCAAAAAACCAUUCGAAAUGGCCAACGAAAGUAUCCACCGCAUCAAGUUGAAGUCGAAGCUAUUCAACAUAAAACUACACAAAUCUUCCAUAAAGUCUACUUCCCCGAUGAUACGGAUGAAGCCUUCGAAGUGGAUUCAUCGACGAGAGCAAAAGAUUUCUGCCAAAGUAUCUCGCAACGACUUGGGUUACGGUCAAGCGAAGGAUUCAGUUUGUUUGUUAAAAUCGCAGAUAAAGUUAUUUCCGUACCGGAAGGUGAUUUUUUCUUUGAUUUUGUGCGCCAUUUGACCGAUUGGAUUAAGAAAGCGCGCUCAACACGCGACGGAACCAAUCCACAGUUUACAUAUCAGGUAUUUUUCAUGAAGAAACUAUGGACGAAUACGGUGCCAGGCAAAGAUCGAAACGCUGAUUUGAUAUUCCACUACCAUCAAGAGCUACCGAAACUAUUGCGUGGCUAUCACAAAUGUUCGAAAGAAGAAGCAGCAAAAUUGGCCGCUCUAGUCUAUCGAGUUCGGUUCGGUGACAGUAAACAGGAACUGCAAGCAGUCCCGCAAUUGCUUCGGGAUUUGGUUCCAUCCGAUUUAGUCAAAAUUCAAGGUACAAGCGAAUGGAAGCGCUUCAUUACCACAAUGUACACGCAAGAUGCAGGCAUGUCUUCGGAGGAUGCUAAAGUGGCGUUUUUGAAAAUAAUAUACAGAUGGCCUACAUUCGGUUCGGCUUUCUUUGAAGUGAAACAAACGACCGAACCAAAUUAUCCAGAAAUGCUACUAAUUGCAAUCAAUAAACAUGGCGUCAGUCUGAUUCAUCCACAAAGCAAGGACAUUUUAGUAACACAUCCAUUCACCCGCAUAUCGAAUUGGUCGUCGGGCAACACGUACUUCCACAUGACCAUCGGUAAUCUGGUGCGUGGUUCAAAGUUGUUGUGCGAGACAUCAUUAGGUUACAAAAUGGACGAUCUUUUAACAUCAUAUAUUUCACUAAUGCUGGCCAAUAUGAACAAACAAAGAACAAUACGAAUAAAUUAGCCACAAUUCUGACAAUUUAUUGAUAAAUAACACGAAAAGAAGAAGAAAAAUAUUGAACAAAUUUUUUUUUAUUUAUAUAAAUACAUUGUUUUCCUUUUCUUUAUUAUGAUUUUCUUUUAAAUUUUCAUUCAUUUCGCAAUAAAUUUGAAUUUAGCUGAUUAGAUUAAUCUAUCGAUGAUUUAGUUUAGUGAACUGGAACAAAUAAGAAAUGCGCACAAAAUUUUAGCAAUCACUUGAAAAUGCAGUCGAACAUAGUCGGCCACCAUUUCAGCAAAAUUAUUAUAUACUUUUUUUUUUGUUCUUCAGACGAUAAAUUCACGUAGAAGAUUUCGUUUGGCAGAUCAGAUUUUAAGAUGAAUCAUUGUUCAAGUUUUUUUUUACUUUUAAAUUUAAUUAUUUUCCAAUUGAAUUUCCAUCCAAUUAUUUGCUUGUUUAGCUCCUAGUUAUCGUAAGCAUGUAAUGCAUUCGCAUUAAAAUAUUGAAUAAAUCGAUUUAUACAUAUA